AUGGGAAGGCUGAGCUCCGCGGCCCGCUCCAGUGCCGCCACCUGCGCGACCGCGUCUGCGUGGUCGAGUAAAAGGGCCGCCCUCUCCGCCUGCCUCGCGUCGCUGCCACACGCCUCGCCGCCCCCGCCCUGGCCGAAGGCCGCCAAGGUGCAUCGACGCAUUCUUCCUCCCUCUCCGUCACGACGCAGGGCAGCUGCAUGGCGGCGAGGUGCAGCAGGCGCUCGCGCUGGUGACUGUCCGGGUGGUAGUCGAACUCGUCCGCAAGUUCGUACAGCAGGCCCUCCAUCCCCUCCGCAAAGCGGUCCGCGACGGUCGGCGCGCGCGGUCUCUGCGGCGCGACAAUCACCGGUCCGCGGCCGCGCUGCCGUUCCGCCUCCGUCCACUAAAGGGUCGCGUGGUGGUGGCAGCGGGGAGCGAGAGCGCCGAAGCGCAGGCGGUGCGCGACGUCGGGGCCGUUCAUCGUCUUUGUCGCGCUCGAGCGCAGGGCGGGAGAAGCUGGACGCGGCCACGCGGCGCGGGCGGGGCCUGCGACUCCCUUUCUCCUCCCCACCCGCUGCCUCAGCGGUCGAGUCGUCCUCGCCGACUUUCCUGGCGUCCCCGUCGGCCUCGUCGAGCUCCAAGAUCGGCGGCGAUUUAGCUGCGCAGCGCUUCAGUGCCAACACUCUCGCUGCUCCUCACGCAGAUCAGCUCCCGCUCAGGCGACGCAGUCCGCCGCCCCUUCACCCCGUCGGUGCG